GAGAGCAGCGUGUGUGUGAUGACCGAGAGCGCGCGGACAGAACUGCUGCUUGUGAGUGUGAUUUAACCCUCGUCUCCAGGCAACCAGCCCGUUUGGAGGACCGAAUCCUCCCGUUCAGCUUUGCUGCACCGGGACCGCGUUAUACAGUAAAUAUCCGGUGCAUCAUUCCAUCAUUGAGCUCCGGUAUGGACUAGCGGCUUUAUUCAUACAGCAGCGCACGGCGGAGCGUCUGUUUGUCGGUGACAUGCUGCAGAAAUACUAAAAGGAAACCUCGCCGUACAGUCCGGAUUGUUUUUGUUCUCGUGGAUUAAACUUGUGUCCGGGAUGGGGAAGGAGCAGGAGCUGCUGGAGGCGGCGCGGACCGGGAAUGUGGGGCUGGUGGAGAAGCUGUUGAGUGGGAAGAAAGGAUUGCUGGGCUCGGGCUCCGGCUCCAUACCUCUGCCCGGCUUACUCAGCAUGUGGAGAGGCCUCAAUGUGAACUGUGCAGACGGCUCAGGAUACACACCUCUGCACCACGCAUCUCUAAACGGACACAGGGACGUGGUGUUGAAGUUGUUGCAGUUUGAAGCCACUACUAAUGUGGCUGACAGUAAGGGCUGUUUUCCUCUGCAUCUGGCCGCAUGGAGAGGUGACGUGGACAUAGUCCAGAUACUGAUCCACCACGGGCCAUCCCACAGCAGAGUUAAUGAACAGAACCUUGAGAAGGAGACGGCUCUGCACUGUGCGGCUCAGUACGGUCACUCUGAGGUGGUCCGUGUUUUGCUGCAGGAGCUUACGGACCCCAGCAUGAGAAACAGUCGCGGGGAAACACCGCUGGACCUGGCCGCCAUGUACGGACGCCUGCAGGUGGUCUGCAUGCUACUGACCGCCCACCCCAACCUCAUGAGCUGCAAUACACGCAAACACACGCCUCUUCACCUGGCCGCACGGAAUGGCCAUUACUCUACCGUUCGAGUGUUGCUGGAGGCCGACAUGGACGUUAACACACAGACAGAGAAAGGAAGCGCUCUCCACGAAGCCGCUCUCUUUGGAAAGAUGGAUGUAGUUCAGCUACUGCUUGACUCAGGGAUUGAUGCCAACAUCAGAGAUUGUCAGGGAAGGACUGCUCUAGACGUGCUGAGAGAACAUCCGUCUCAGAAAUCACAACAAAUUGCUUCUCUCAUACAAGAUUAUAUGAUGUCAGAUUGUGACAGAGGGAAUUUCCAUGAAGAUUUAGCACGGCAGCGCCCAAUACCAACGCCACGCACAUCAAUACCCUCACCUGUGCCCUCCCCGUCUUUGCGGCAUAAAAAUGAUGCAGGACCAGGGGAGUUGUCCAAGUUGCUGAAUGAAAUAAAGAUCUGCCGUGAUAAGGAUUGCUCCUUUGAAGAGCUUUGUCAGACCAUCUCUUCUCACUCUCAGUCCAUGGAGAGCUUCGGCAGUGGGCGGCUGUCUGACGAGGAACGCAACGGCACUCUCACUCGAAUAAAUAAGCGUCCCACUCCCCCGCUGCCUCCGGCGAUGGAAGAGGAGGAAAAGAGCUGCGGACCAUCAGGCCUGUGGGAGGCGCUCACUCCCUGCAACGGCUGCAGAAACCUGGGCUUUUCUCAGGACAAGCGAUGUGGCGAAAUUGCCCAUUCUCCAUCACUGGACGUGUUUUUACCAGAGGAUGAGGACAACCCUUACGAGUCAGUAGCUACAGCGGUCACACGCAAACCUUGCUCUCUUGACAUCCAACUCCACAACGCAUGUCCUCGCAACGGCCACUUCUCACAUGUGUCGGUCAGUGAUGCAGAGCGCGGUAACCAUGGUGACGACUCUACAGGCCUGACUCCUGACUGUUCGCCUCCUUCACCUGAUACGGCCCUGAGGAAUAUUGAGAGAGUCAUCCGCCCCCAGCCAAAGCAACGGACCUCGCUGUCGUCCUCCCAGGACGUCCAGAAACCCCUACAGAACCACAGCUGCGAGCCAUCGGAGGUCAGCUCAUCUCUUGGCUACGCCAGCUUCAGCACCAGCCCCCCCGCCAGCCCCCCCAUCAGCCCCGCCAACUGCUCGACCGGAUCCGCCGAAGACUACGGCCUCACUGAUGAGGCGGUACACCAGAAAGAGUGCAUAGAGCGAGACGACCGGAGAAACAGCCACGUUCCCGAGCAGUUUGCCGGCCUCCUCCACGGCUCAUCUCCCGCCUGCGAAUCCCCUGAUAACCCCUACCAGCUCUACGGCAAAGUGCGAAAGUUCAGCGUUCCUGAGCCCCCGGUCCGGCACGGGAAUUUUCUCAGAGCGCCCGAGUACUCGCCUCCGUUCCCUCGCACCGGCAGUGAGGCGUCUGCUCUUAAGACCCAAAGGGAAGCCAAACCGCAGAUAGUCUACAGGACCAUUUUUCACACACAGGUCAACCAGGGCACGUUACCGCUCGGUGAACUGGGUGACAAGACCACGGGGGUGCAUGCGAGGAACGGGGAGGCCCGGAGCAACAGCACGGGCGGCAAUAGCCCAGCAAGCGGGAAUACCAGCUACGAAGAAAGAGCCUGCACACUUGGGAGGAUGAGGUCCAUGCCUAAAAACGUUUUGGACCUUCAGCUGUCCAGAAAUUUCUCCAAAUCCGACUCUAACCUGGUGGCCGUGUCUCCCAUCGAGGAGGAGCAGUGGAGUUCCAGAGGGCAGAGCAGCCCCGGUAAAAGCAGCCCCAACAGACUGGAGAGAACCCCCUCCUUUACUGCCGAGUGGGAAGAGAUUGACAAGAUUAUGAGCUCCAUAGGUGCUGGAAUUGGCACAGAGUUGGAGGGGAUUACGGAGAAUCACUCAGGCCCCCGCUGCCCCGUCCAGUCGGUAGGACAGUGGCUGGACAACAUCGGUCUGGUGCAGUACGAAAACCACCUGCUGUCUAAUGGCUUCGACAACGUUCAGUUUAUGGGCAGUAAUGUUGUGGAGGACCAGGAUUUGCUGGAGAUCGGGAUUUUAAACUCUGCCCACAGACAGCGACUUCUUCAGGCUAUUCGCUUGCUACCCAGGGUGCGGCCCAUUGGUUACGAUGGAAAUAAUCCUACUUCAGUGGCUGAAUGGCUGGAGUCUCUGGAGCUGGGAGACUACACCAAAUCUUUCCUCAUCAACGGCUACACCUCCAUGGAGCUGGUCAAGAAGAUCUGGGAGAUCGAGCUCAUCAACGUUCUUAAGAUUAAUUUGAUCGGCCACAGGAAAAGAAUACUCGCAUCACUUGGAGAUCGACUGCACGAAGACCCUCCACAGAAACCACCACGGGCCAUCUCUCUAAGGGAGCCCACCGGGAACCACACUCCCCCUCAGCUGUCCCCUUCUUUGAAUCAGGCCUACACCAACGCCGGCUCUCUGGACGUCCAGCAUCUCAUCAUGCAGGCAGACGCCCGACGCAGACGCAACGACAGCUACUUUGAGGACGUCCCGCGCUCCAAACUAGAGAGACAGAUGGCACAAGUCAGUAUGAGGGAGGGAGAGACUAAGCAAAAGCAAGGGGAAUGGUGCGAGCCAAUCACAUUACGGCCUCCAAACGAGGCGACAUCAUCUACGCCGGUGCAGUACUGGCAGCACCAUCCUGAGAAGCUUAUAUUCCAGUCAUGUGACUAUGAAGCAUAUUAUCUGGGGUCUAUGUUGGUGAAGGAGUUGCGCGGUACAGAAUCCACGCAUGAUGCCUGCGCAAAAAUGAGGAAGUCUACAGAACAGAUGAAGAAGAUCCCCACCAUAGUACUGUCCGUCUCCUACAAGGGAGUCAAGUUUAUCGAUGCCACUAACAAGAACAUCAUAGCUGAGCACGAGAUCAGGAAUAUCUCGUGUGCCGCGCAGGACCCUGAAGAUCUGUCCACGUUUGCGUACAUCACCAAGGACCUGAAAUCCAGCCAUCAUUACUGCCACGUGUUUACAGCUUUCGAUGUGAAUCUUGCCUAUGAGAUUAUCCUGACGUUGGGCCAGGCGUUUGAGGUGGCGUAUCAGUUGGCCCUGCAGGCCAGAAAGAGCGGCCACGGGUCAUCCACUCUGCCCGAGAGCUUCGACAACAAACCCUCCAAACCUGUCCCUAAACCUCGCGUCAACAUACGCAAGAGUAUGGAGCAGCCCUCAAUGGAUCAAAAGGGCCACGCAAACGUCCCAUGGAUAGUCGAGCCAGGACAGGAAGCCAAAAGAGGAGCCAACACCAAGUAUGAGACCACUAUUUUCUAAUAUACACCCAAAAUACUGUCCACUCCUGUGUGUGUGCCUUACAGAGAGCGCCCUCUAGAGGCCCCCCACGGAGCCACGGGCCCAGUGACCUGUGACAAGCCCGCGUCUCUCCGCCCGGCCAAGCCCGCCCGUUUACCGUGGCUUCUGCAUGAUGACGCUGCCGCUGUCUAUUCUCUCCUUCGAUCUAUUGCCCCGCUUUUUCUCUCUAUCUCUUGAUCUCUCUCGCCCCCCCCCCCCCCCCCUCCACCUCUCUGGCCGCAGCACGAUAAGGGAAGGUCAGCCUUCAGGCCGCCACGCUGCCGAUCCUCCUCCAAAACACACAAAAAAGUGUUGCAAGCGGUUGUUUUUCAUUCAAUUCCCCCCCCCCCCAUCUCCUCUCUUUUUAUUUGUCCUUCCCUCCGUCCCUCGCUAUUCUUUCCUCGGCUUCUCCGGGAAGCGCCUCUUCAGCCUUUCCCCACUUGCCCCUCGACUGCUUGAAUGACAACUUAAACCGUAAUGCUGCUACAAGCCUUAUAAACACAAAUGUUGUUUUUAGAGUCGGUAUUUGCUUUCUUUCUUUCUUUCUUUCUUUCUCUCUGACUAGACAGCAUAGGGUUAGCGAGGGCGAAGGCUCACGGGAGGGAAACGGAGAGAUUUUUGUGAGGUGGGGCUUUCGAAACGGCUGGCAUAGAAGCGGAGAUUGGACUUCACCCAAAGGACAUUUUGCUUGAGUUGUUUGUUUAGUCUCGUAGAGAAGUUUUCAUUUUUAGUACCAGCGCUUGUCGGAGAGAAAAAAAACUAACUGUAAUUUUUUUUCCUUUUUUUCUUACACGGCACAAGAGUUACGAGCUUGUUUUAGUAAGUCAUAACGUAAAGGUAAUUUGUGGACGCAGAUGUUUUUCCGAUAGCAUUUAUAGGAGGCUUAUUUUACGACGAGACAUCCGCAACAAAAAAAAAUUGUCUCUCAAAUCGCGCGUUUUCCUUCCUCUCCAAAUUUUUUUUUUUUCCUGUUGUGUUUUCAUUCUUUCCCUUUUUUUGGUGUUGCCAAAUGAAUGAAAACCCGAGAAAACCGAGCCAAUCCUGAGACAUGCAGUGUAGUUGAUGGAAAGCAUGCAGUCCAUGUGAACUGGAGAAGGGGGGGCUUUUUUUGAUGGACACUUUGGAUAAGUGAUGUGAUUUCAUUCACAGGGCAAUGGCGGACGCCCAUGUCUAUUACAGUGGAAUUCAGAGAAUGUAGCCUGCCCCUAACAUGGACCCUCAGUCUCACAUGCAUUGCAAAUAAGGACAGCAAAUACGGAAGCUAAAAGCGUCACCGGAGCCUCUCGUAACGCAUGAGUAAGGAUUCGCACGAGGACUUUUUCAACUGGGACUUGGCGCGCACAAGGAUUGCCGACGUGGACCCGUGGCCUUUUAACGAAACACUCGCAUGCACGCGCACACAUACACACUCACCGCAUAAAAACAAUAGGAGGAGACUGUGGGAAUCGAAUGUACACUUUUCAAGAGGCAGCGAUUCGAGUUGCGUUCUAAAGGACAGCGGCCGUCACGGAACUUUGUCGCGCGAGAACCGCGGAGACGGUCUCGCUACGGCAACUCGGACACACUACAUUGACUUUUCACUAAAUAUCUAGUCCAAAAUACCAUGGCAUGUGUGGACUGGGAUAAAAACGGACUUUUACAUGAAUUGCUGUAUUUUUCUUUUCUGUUUUCUUUGUUUAUUUCUUUCUUUCUUUCUCUCUUUAUUUUGUUUGUUUGUGGUUAACGAUCUUAAAAAAAAAAAAUGAAUAUGCACAAUGUGAAUGAACUCAUUGCACUGGACAACCAUGAAAUGGAUGCGUCUCAUGCCGAAAUCACUACAGAAUGGUCGUUAACUUGAUUGGCGGCGCCAUGCAGAUUAUUAUUGAUAUAUACUGUUUAAUAGAGAACUAUAUUACCAUUACUGUAAUAUUUACAAUUAUUAUAAUGAUUCUUAUUGUGCAAUUCUUGUCUGAUGUUGUCUUAACGUUACAUUAUUUUUAUAUGACGCGUCAAGCUCGAAUACGCAGCCAUCCGAAAAAAAAACCAACAACAAAAUCUCGUAGUACUACAGAGGAACCGAAUGUGUGGAUGGCUCCACUUGUGUUUCAGAUGAAAAUAUAAAAACAGAUCUUAUUUUCACUCAUUGUCACUGUAGAAUUUUGCCACAGUUGUGUAAAUAAAUAUUUUGUCGACUCAUUGUUCAUAUAUGUUAUUAGAAAAACAAACCAAAAAAAAAAUGUAAAAAAAAUCCAAUAAAUUACGUUGGGAAACAAGGUACAACAUUUUGCAGGCAGGUCAAAGUUCAACAUAUUAUAACAUGGUAUGAGCAACCGGUGGAUUUGUGACAUCAUUGCAGACUAACAUGUGUAGAUAGGCUUGGGCUUCCAGCACACCGAUUUUGUAUGUUUGGUCUUUAUUUAUAUUCUUGCAAAGCACACGGAAUAAAUCAGGAUUGUAGAACCAUU